AUGCCAUCACAAAUCCAUCCCACCAUUGCGCCCCGCGAUCACAAGGCAUUUAUGGAAUAUGCCUUACAAGUCGCCAGCCAAUCGCCACCAGGCCCUGAUAAAUUCUGCGUUGGCGCGUGUCUUGUGGACGAAGACAGUGGUAGGAUCCUCUCGACUGGAUAUUCUCUAGAAUUGCCGGGCGACAGACCGGGAGAUCCAGGGCGAACCCACGCGGAACAGUGCUGCUUCAUCAAGAUUUCCGAGCAGUUCAACACGGCAGAAGUACAGAUCGGCAACGUCUUACCGCCCAAUACCGUCUUAUACACGACCAUGGAACCUUGCAAUAGUAGGCUGACCGGAAAUAAGUCAUGUGUAGACAGGAUCAUAGGGUUGGACGGAGCGAUAAAGGCAGUUUACGUCGGAAUACAAGAGCCGAACACUUUUAUUUUCGCGAAUUCUGGCCGAGAUCGACUCGAAAAAGCAGGUAUCAGGAUGGUUUUCCUCGAAGGACUUCAAGAUCGCAUUCUAGAAGUUGCAAUGGCGGGACACAAGAAUAGGUAA